AUGAGUAACAAAAGUGACUAAGAAAAUGAUAAUUACGAUGAUCAUAACGAUUAUGACAAUGAAAACGACAAUAUCAAUGAUGAUCAUAAUAAUUAAGUAAGUUAAGAACAAUAGCAAAUUCCCGACUAAUAAUAAAAUUCAUAGGAAAAUCAUAAUAAUGAUAAUUAAAAUAAUAAUUAAAAUGAAUAUGAUAGUGGUUAAGAUGAUAAUAAUAAUAAUAAAAAUUAAAACAUAUCAGAUUAAUUAAGUGAAGAAAUAGAAGAGAAAAUCAGAGUUUUUGACAGUUUCAUAAAAGAUAAGAAUGAGGAAUAAAUUUUAAAUAUAAGAAUGCAUUAAUUAGCAUUAGCUAAAAUUUUAGUAUUUACACAUAAUAAAAAUUAAUUUAAAUUAGUCGAAGCCCAUACUAAAUUAGGAAUCGCUUAUUUAAAUUAUAAAUGUUAUGAAUAAGCAAUAGACCAUUUAACAAUGAGUUUAAAAAAAAAUGGGAGUCUUUUUUCCUAAGUUAAAGAGUCUAAAAUUUACCAUUCUGAAAUUUUGACAUAUUUAGGUAAAUGUUAUUUGGAAAUAUAAAGUUACGAAGAUGCACUUGAAUUAUUAACUAAGGCAAACGAAAUUUAAAUUUAAGUUAAAGGAAAUGAUGAUGUUUAGUCAGUAUAAACUUUAAAAGCUAUAAGUGAUUGCUAUGUAAAAUUAAAAGAACAUGAAAAAUCACUUGAAUAUUUGUAAAAAGUUUGGUAAAUCUCGGAAAACCAUUAUGGAUAUAAAAGUGAAUAAUGUGCAAUGGUUUAUGUAGACAUGGCUAAAAUUUAUGUCCUCUAAAAUAAUUAUAAUGAGGCUAUUGAAUAUCAAACUAGAGCUAUCGAUUUUUUAAUUGAAUUAGAAUAUAAUAACCCUGAAUAUGUAGCGGAAUUAUAUUAAGUUUUGGGUACUUAUUAAGAAAAAAAUGAAAAAAUAGAUGAAUAAAUAGAUAGUCUAUAAAAAGUUAAGACUUUAUUUAAAGAAAUAUAUGGGUAAAAUGAUAAAAAAGUAAUAAAAGUAAAAAGAUAAAUUUCUAUGAUUUUACUUAAAAAUAAUCAACAUUAAGAAGCAUUAAAUGAAUUAUAAGAAAUAGAAUAAAUGGAAAAUAAGGUUUUCGGAGAAAAUUCAGUUUAAAUUGCUAAAACUAUGAGAAUAAUUGGUACUGUAAUGAUAUUAAAUUAAAAUUAUUUUGAUGCACAAAAGUAUUUAUCAAAAGCAAUUAAAAUAUUUGAAGAAAACGGAAUGAAAAAGGCUGUUAAUGAAAUAAAAGAAAAACUAAAAAUGGCUAAAGAUAUUAAAGAAAAGAAAUAGGCUCCUGCUAUGGAUUAUGGAGUAGCUGACUAUUAAUGA